AUGGCGACUUCCAGACGAAGGAAAAAACAGACUAUCACGGCGGCAAGUGGUCAAUCAGGUUAUUCAUGGUCCGAUAUUCCAUUAGAACUCAUAACCCUAAUUGCUCAACGUCUCCAGAAAGUUGUUGAUCUAAAGCGCUGUGCCUCGGUAUGCAAGACUUGGCGAAACGCUAUUGUUCCUGGAAGAGUUCGACCUGAUCAUUCUGAUAUGCCAUGGACAAUAUCCUGGAACCACUCCUGCGACUCCAGAAAGACCUCAGCCGAAUUUUCUGAUUUCUGGUCAACCCGCACUUUUCUCUACAUAACCAAGACUCAAGAACCAGGCAGAAAAUCGCUUCUCGACGGCGAUUUUCGUGCUUCGAAACAUGGAUGGCUGCUUCUCUUAUCUGCAGUAAAAAACUCCGAUGGUUCACGGGAUUCGAUGUACUUCUUUUACAAUCCUUUUUGUAACAAGAUCAUCGAAGAAGUGCCUCAGUUAAAUUGGCCAGGAGGACGUAGGGUAAUAACAACGUUCACGGUAGCUCCGACUUCUCCUGGUUGUGUCAUCUUUGUCAUGGAUAUAGAAGCUAAUGGAACCUACAUACUAAACACAUGUAAGCUUAGAGACACAGAAUGGAGCAGACAUGCAAUAUAUCAUCCUUUUUCCACUAACCCUUCGCUGCAUGAUGUGAUCUAUACGGAAGGAAGUUUUUACUUUGUUUUUCAUGGAACUGAUGUUCCAUUAUGUGUAGCUAAAUUCAGCGUUGCUCUUCAAGAUUGGACGGUGAUUGAGGAUUGUUCUUCCUCCUUUUUAAACAUCAACUCUGGCUUUUAUGAUGGGUUCAGCUACUCCUUUAAGCUGCUUGAGUGUGAUGGAGAAGUUUUGUUGGCCGCGGUUCAUAAAUAUGAUGAUAUUUCCAGAAUCCAUAUUAUUGGGUUUGAUUGGUCACAAAAGGCUUCGACUCCAGUUAGAAGCUUGGGGCAACGAGUGUUGUUUUGGUCGCGGUUGGUAACAUUUGCAGUUCCAGCGGUGGGAGACAGUAGAUGGUUUGCGAAUAUGAUUUUUUGGAGGUCGGAUAGGGAGAAAAUGGAAUGUCGUUAUGUUUACGAGUCUGAAGGUACUUGGAUUAGAAGUAUUUGUCAGAUACUUUCAGUUUGGGAUGUGGAUACUUGGAUUGAACCUCUCGAUCUAUGGGAUAGCUAA